AUGAAUGAUAAUUUUGACGUCUUAGCUGCUGAAUUGUCCAAAUUUACAAAGACAAUGUUGGUAGACUUCAUACUCAAGAAGUCGCUUCCAGCCACUUGUAAGAUUAGUGGUGACCUCCAUUCUGUCUUACUUGGUACUUCUGACAACGUUACACCCUCUGAUGAUGAUGAUUCAGUCAAUGUAGCCCAUAUACUAAAAUCCGUCGUAACUGAGCUUAAGGUGAUUUCGUCCAGCAACUUAAAAAUGCAUGAUAUGAUUAACCGUCUUUCAGCUGGUACACCUAGGGUGUCCUCAAGCCAAAACGGGCAUCCAGCUCCUUCAUUGGAUACCAAACACAUUUCCGUUGCUGAACCUGUUCGCCAUUCUUCGACCAGGAAAAUGCCAACUGCAGUUCCUAAGUAUAUUGUUGGAUCUAAGGAAGCAGUUUCCUCUGAUCUGACGGCUGUGCCUGUGGUGAAAUUUGGGGACAUCUUCGUAUCCAGGUUUGAUCCUCUGGUUACUGCCUCUCAACUCAAAAAUGAACUCUUUGUUGGCGUGGAUGUGUCAAUUUCCCAAAUGGUCACCCGACAUCCAUCAUAUUCAUCCUUCCACGUCCGCAUUCCUGCGGAGAUGUUGGCGGAUGUUCUGCAACCUACUUUUUGGCCAGAAGGAAUUAUGGUCAAACGAUUCUGGGGACGUUUACUUCCUGAAAGAAUUGUCAACUCUUCUACCUCAAAAAACUAG